AUGAUUGCGGAAAACAAUUCCGUUUGUGUCGUUGCUACCGCAGACGAUGUUAGGAAGAGACAACACAACAAGCCUACUUUCGGAUUAAUUGGCAUCUGUAAAGAUGAGAGGGGAAGAUGGCGACCGGGGGUGAAAACAGUCCAUGCAGCCAAUUUUCCUGCGGUGUGGACUUUGAUUGAUGGCGGAGAAGGUCGGGGGGGUCGGGGUGUCGAGGGUGUCGAGGGUGUCUGUGUGUUCAAGGGUUUGAUUUGUUGUUUAAAUUGUUGUGAUGGGGUGUGCGAUGGUAGACGGCGAUGUCAAUCUCAAGAUGCUGAAGAAUUCUCUUGGCUUUAUGGGUUUGAUGGAGAGUGA